AUGGGUAAAGAUGUCAAGCCGAAAACGACGUUAGCAGCCCAAGUAUAUGUUACCAAAAGUGAAGGAGGUCGUCUCGCCAACCGCCCAAAAGUGAACAAGGUUGGAGCACCAGCUCCGACUAUCGCAUGUAUGCUGCUUUUUGAAUUACUUGCUUUGAAUGAAAGCACGCAAACAUGUGAGUGUAGCGCAGUCGGUAAGAGGUUUGGCUGUGAGUACACGAUCGAUCAGUGGUUCGCACUAGUGCCAACCAAGCUUUUCCUCCUUCUGGAUUGUUCGAUGGCACCUCCUGCACGCGCUGGAUUGUCUGUAGUGCCAAGAAAUCAACCUCACAACUUUGUCGGCCAAGCUGCUGGAAAACUCACUCGUCAACAUGGCAGCAGCAAUUUACUGAAAGAUACUAAGCGCGGUCUCAAAGAUGUUAAAAAUGUACAGCCACCAGCGGCCGCACCUUUCCAUCGUUCUCGAUCCAUUAUUCCUGUUGUGAAUCCUAGCUUUGAAGUUUACUGUGAUAAUGAUGAUGAGAACAACAUCAUUCAUCAGCUCGAAAAGCAGUGUCGUGAGGAGAAAAUCGCCAAAAAGGCUUCUAAGGCAACCGUAAAUGUUCCGGCUCGGAAACCUUUAGGCAAUCUUCCAAUACCUGCGCUGGACUUUAACUCCGAUGAGGAUGAGGUCUUCUCGGCAGUCUCUCAGCUCCCUUCUGGCCCACCCACUAUACGUUCCGAUUUUUCGAACUUCGGUGUAAAUGACGACGACGACGCUAAAUCAUCUCAGUACGGUAGCGCACUCGACUUCGAAGUUGACAGUCGUGAUGAGUAUAUGACAGCUAAAUCUGAGAAAGAGAUUCGUGAAGAUAUCAUCUCUGCUAAUCCUGAGUUUUCGGAUGACAUCUAUAGGUAUAUGCGACAUCGGGAAGUAAAAGUUCGCCCCAAAGCCACAUAUAUGUCCAGACAAGAUGAUAUUAAUUCUGAAAUGAGGGCUAUUCUUGUGGAUUGGUUGUCCGACGUGGUCCAAGAAUAUAAAAUGCAUCAGGAAACACUCCACCUUGCUGUUUCCUUGGUAGAUAGGACUCUGUCGAGGUUCCGCACGAAUCGUGAUCGCCUUCAACUCAUUGGUACAACUGCUAUGAUGAUAGCAUCGAAAUAUGAAGAAAUUUACCCUCCGGAAUUGAAGGAGUUCAUUUACAUUACUGAUGACACAUACACAGCUGAACAGAUCCUUCAAAUGGAGCGCGUCAUUUUGAAUGAGCUGCAUUUCGACGUCGGAACUCCGACAUCUCAAUGGUUCGGCGGCAGAUUUGCUCGACAUCAACGUGCUUCGCGUAAAACUACCAACGCAAUGAACAUGCUACUCGAUCUCGUUCUUCUCGACGUAGAAUAUAUUGCGUAUAGGCCGUCAUAUAUCGCUGCUGCAUGUCUUUGCUAUGCGAAUGUUCUCACAGGGCCCACUCCUUGGUCGAGUGAGAUGGAGCGUUGGUCAGGAAUUUCCAUUGCUAACAUCACCACACUACUGCGUCAUGUCCACAAUAUGUUCCGAUCUUCGCCCUCGUCGAAGUUCCGCUCAAUUUCCCAGCGAUACAGCACACCUGAGUUCGACAGUGUCUCUGAUCUCCCUCCACCAGCCCAACUUCCGUUAUGA